AUGAGUAAUUUCAGCUCAAACAGUGGCCUCAUUUCCGUUCCUCCCGACGGGUUCUAUGACUUCGACUCUAUUCAAUUUCCGCUGUUUGAUCAGUCUGAAAACAGCUUUGAUUCACCAAUUCAGUCUAAGCCAGCUACUGUUGACAACAAGAACAAGAAAAUCUCGUUCAAGUGUAAGGUUUCUCCUGCUAAGAAGAUAAUCCGUCAUUGCGGUCAGUUCAUGGCAGAACGCCUUCGUCGUUCGUGUCACCGAAGAAUGGCUGAGUAUAUGUAUAAGAAUUUCCUUUAAGGGUCUGACACUACGUUUUUCGUUCUAUUUCCUUCAAUAUACCUCCUGUAUGUCUGAAUGUCUAUAUGAAUGAAUUAAUAAG